UCACGUUUAAAAAAUCAUUUGAUUGUGACUUUCGUCUAUACUCAUUUCAGUUUGUCUGUGGAAUUGUUUUGGUACUGAAUUACGAGAUUUGAAAAUGCAACCACAGAUUCUGGUUCUGAGGGAGGGGACGGACCAGUCCCAGGGGAAGCCGCAGCUGAUAUCGAACAUCAACGCCUGCCAGAUUGUCGUGGAUGCUGUACGCACAACGUUGGGCCCUCGCGGCAUGGACAAACUGAUUGUGGACCACAAUGGCAAGGCUGUCAUAUCAAACGAUGGUGCCACCAUAAUGAAGCUCUUGGAUAUAGUUCACCCGGCCGCUAAGACCCUGGUAGAUAUCGCCAAAUCACAGGAUGCCGAGGUCGGCGACGGUACCACUUCAGUGGUGAUCAUAGCUGGUGAGCUUUUGAAGAGGCUGAAACCUUUUAUAGAGGAAGGCGUGCACCCGCGUAUUAUUGUACGAGCCGUCCGCAAUGCUGGAAGAUUGGCUGUGGAGAAAGUGAAGGAGUUAUCUGUUAAAGUUGAGAGCAAAUCUCCCGAGGAACAGAGAGAGCUAUUACGUAAGUGCGCUUCCACCGCGAUGUCAUCGAAGUUGAUACACCAACAGAAGGACCACUUUUCCAAGAUGGUGGUAGACGCUGUGCUGUCAUUGGAUGCCCCUUUGCUGCCCUUGGAUAUGAUUGGCAUCAAGAAGGUGACAGGAGGUGGUCUGGAAGAUUCCUUCCUGGUAGCGGGCGUCGCUUUCAAGAAGACAUUCUCGUAUGCUGGGUUUGAGAUGCAGCCGAAGAGCUAUGAUAACUGCAAAAUUGCACUCCUCAAUAUCGAGCUGGAACUCAAAGCUGAGAGGGAUAAUGCAGAGGUCCGCGUGGACAACGUCAAAGAGUACCAGAAAGUGGUGGACGCGGAGUGGCAGAUCCUGUACGACAAGUUGGCGCUGUUGCACGCCAGCGGAGCCAACGUUGUGCUGAGCAAGCUGCCCAUUGGAGACGUUGCCACCCAGUACUUCGCCGACCGCGACAUGUUCUGCGCGGGCCGCGUGACGGAGGAGGACUUGCGCCGCACGCAGAGGGCGUGCGGCGGCGCCGUACUCAGCUCCGUGCGGGACAUGAAGCCAGAUGCUCUGGGCCACUGCGCCGAGUUCUCCGAGCGGCAGGUGGGCGGCGAGAGAUACAACAUAUUCACCGGAUGCCCAGCCGCGAAGACCUGCACCCUGAUACUCCGCGGGGGGUCGGAGCAGUUCCUGGAGGAGACUGAGCGCUCCCUGCACGACGCGAUCAUGAUCGUUCGCCGCACCAUCAAGAAUGACGCCGUUGUGGCCGGUGGCGGUGCUAUCGACAUGGAGCUGUCAAAACACCUCCGCGACCACUCGAAGACCAUCGCCGGCAAGGAGCAACUGCUGAUAGCGGCCGUGGCGCGCGCGUUUGAGUCCAUACCGCGGCAGCUGUGCGACAACGCGGGCUUCGACGCCACCAACCUGCUCAACAAGUUGCGCCAGAAGCACCACCAGGGCGAGGUGUGGUUCGGAGUGGACAUACUAAAGGAGGAUAUCGCUGACAACUAUCUGGCUUGCGUGUGGGAGCCCGCAGUGGUGAAGAUCAACGCUAUAACCGCCGCCUGCGAGGCCGCCGCACAGAUCCUGUCGAUCGACGAGACAAUAAAGAACGUCAAGGGUGGAGGUGACAUGGCACCCCCGCCGGGCCGCGGGAUGGGACGACCUCGCAUGGGCUAAUGCCCCCAAUUAGGCUACUUUCACCAUAAGGACUUAACGUCAUAACGGUCAACGGGCAGUUAUUUCCAAUUGAUUUCCAAAAGAGUGGAAUUCCAAAGGAAAUAAGAUAAUUUACUAUGCUAUGACAAACUUGGGAUGAUAAAUUCUGGCAGUUUGCGGUAUCUUUACUUUUAUUUGCUGUUUGUUAGUAACACAAAAACUCGAGAUCGGACAGAUUUGGCCGAUUUAGACAUUAAAAUAUUCAUAGAAGUCUUUGGAAGGUUUCAUCAAUAGCCUAUAACAGUCUACUGCUGGACUAAAAGCCUCUCCUAACGGGACGGUUUGCCUAUAAUCACCUCGCUUGGCAGACGGUGCGGUGAUCUCAGUUGAUGAUAGUAUUAGUACAGAGGAUUCUGCUGUCCGUUCUCAGGAUAAAGAGGUGAGAAAAAUACGAAAACGACAUAUAUAUGUAAUUCUUCUCUCGUUUGUGUGUUUAUCACUUAAUGCCCCCUAAACAUCUGGACUUUUAUUGAUGAAAUUCUUUGUGUAUAUUAGAAUGGUUUGAAAACACAACUGGUGGCGCUGCUUUAAGGGGCAGGACGACGUCUGUCGAGUCACUAGUAAUUAAGUACCUCAUUCCUAAAGUGUCGAAAUUAUCAUCCUAAAUUGUUGUACUAAGCAGAGUCCUGCAAUCAUAUACUGUACUAAACUCCAUUUUUUCUAACUCGUGUUGUAAUGAAACAACAUUUUCGUUACUUUUCAGUGUAAAGUAUGUUUAAAAAAUUUAUAAAAACUAGCGAAAUAAAAGGAGAUUUUCAUAAUGUAAGUGUUUUUAUUAUUUUCUUAAUUUAAAAUCAACAUUACACUAAAAAGUAACUAAAAAAUUUUGUUUAUAUUAUAAGAGACGUAAGAAAAAAUUUGCUAUAAAUAGUCAGUCCAAUACAAAAUCAAACAGAACAAGAGUGUAGUUAAAUUUUUUACAGAUAGCUCUGUGUUGAAUCUGUAAAACUAUGGAGGGUAGAGGUAAGGAGAGUCAUCUGUGUAAAUGAAAAAGUGUCGUCAAAAUGUAUUAAAUUAGGAUGGCGCCACAUUUGCAUCAGGGUAACUCUUAAAAGAA